UGGGGGGAGUUGUACUUGUGUGUGCGUUCAAACUAAAUUUUUGGGGUGGACACUAUUUUUUUAAAUUUGCCACUUAAGUCAGUUUCGAAUUCGAAAUAUAGACUCUGCUGAUAAUAUUGAAAUUCAAUAAUCCAAAUCGGAACAGUUUCACUCAAAAGCUCAAGCUCUUAAUACCCCGGCUGUCUUCCAUCCGAAAACCAUGUCCGACGACUUCGAUGGCUGCGAGUGCGUCUGGUCGCAGGAGUAUGCGAUGCAGCGGCUCAUCAACUUUAUACGCCAGAACCAGAAUGCCUGCACGGACACCGAGUGCUUCGACGUCACCGGACGUACGCAGCAGCAGCAGCAGACCGUGGGUGGCGGCGAGGACAAUGGCUUCACCGUUGCCAUGAUCUUCAUGAUCGUGGCCAUGUUCAUGUAUAUACUGAAUCCGAGUACAUGGGGCCAGCUGACCAGCAACAAGCCAGCAAGCGGCCGGCGUGAUAACAACCAGGACGGCUCGCCGCCGCCCCCACAACCGCCGCCGCCGGCCAUCAACUAGAGAUGGUGUCGAGCGUGGAUCUCUGCUUCCACCAAAACCUGAGCUUCUCCACAAUUCGCAAUUGCAUUUCCUUACUUAUUGUUUGUUUAUAUGGCGAGACAAGGCGUUCACUACAUUUUCCACACAAUUCGGUUGGAAUCAGAACAAUAAAUAUAUAGUUGUAGAUUGGUGAAAUCCUUUGUGAGCCGAUUUACAAAGAUUAGACAAAUUAUACAUCACACUGACAUUGUACAAAAAAGUAAAAGAAAGAAAAACACACACAACCGCACACACAAGUACACACAGGCUUAUUAUCCCAAAAUUUUUGAAAAUACACUUUGGAAACUAA